CUCACGCAUCCCCCGAAAUCUUAUUCUUGACCCCAUCAUGCUGACUUCUCUGCUACCACCAAUCAACAAGAUGGAGGUCCAUGUCGUGUUCAAAGGAAAUAAUUGGGAGCAUGCGGUCGCAACGCUCGAUGACCAUGAAUACGAGAAGCACAGCCUUCCCCCAUCUUGUGUUCGUGUUCGACCCGUACUGAUCUCCCUUACCUCGAAUAAUCUAAGUUAUGCUCGAGGAGGUGAAGUCCUUCAUUGGUGGGACACGUAUCCCGUGCCCACACAGGUUUCCCCCCCAUACAAUGACCAGAAAUCAUGGGGAAUCGUACCCACCUGGGGCUUUGCGAUCGUGACAGAAUCGACUUUGGGCAUCGCCCCGGGGACGGUCUUGUGGGGUUUCUGGCCCACUGCAGAUAUCGCCGUUUCGCUCAAGCUCCAGCCCUCAGAGCCGAAGGGCCACUGGACCGAGAUCAGUGAACCCAGACAACGCUUAAUGACCGUCUAUAAUGCUUAUUCAGAAGAAGGCCAUAUUUCGCUCCCUAUAUCCACCCCGAAGACUAUCUCGUCACUGUUCUCGGAAGAGGCACUCCAGCGGAUGGCAUGGGAAUCCCUUUUCCGUCCAACCUGGCAGACGGGGUAUCUCCUCAGCCGGCAUACGUUCACUUCGAGUCCCGGGACACAACCGCCUGUUCAUCCUUUAGGGAUAGGUCUGCCCUGGACGGCUGAGGAUGCCGACCUUUCCGCUGCGGUGGUGAUUAGCCUAUCUGCAUCGAGCAAAACAGGCCGGUCAUUUGCAUACCAUAUGUUCCAGCGGAGCGCUGCUGAGGGGCCGUUGGGCCUCCUCCAGGUAUCGCAGACGCCGUCUCUUUUAGAGCCUGUCGCAGGGAAAUUGGGUGCCUCCAUUCUCUCCAAAUGUGUCACAUAUGACCAAUCGAGCAAGUCAAUCGAGUGGAUAACCCAGUUGAAACCAACGAGAAUCGUUCUCGUGGACUUCGGCGCCCGCGCUGGUACACUCAACCAACUACUUUCCAGUAUCAAGGGCCAUGCAGCUCUCGGGCAACUCAAACUGGCGAUAAUCCAGGUUGGCUCCGAGCAAAAGGUCUAUUCCACAGACGAACUCAAACGAAAUCGAGAGUUAAUGGAAACGAUGGGAAAGAUCCAGUUUAAUACUUCAGCGGUGCGCGAUGCGGCUGUUCAAUUGGAAGGCGCGCAAGAGUAUUCUAGCUGUGUAAACCCUGUGUGGGAGAAAUGGGUAGGGAUCAGCCACGAGAUUGCACCAGACAUCCACGUCACUCUUGGUCGAGGGAUCUCUGGCAAUGAAGGGAUUGAGAAGGGGUGGAGCAGGCUGUGCCAAGGGUCUGUGGGUUCUCGGGAAGGAUUGGUGUACCUCAUGUAGAUCUGACUUCAAAGCACCUCCCAGUCCCAUAAGGCUCCUUUCGUAUAUAUUCAGAGGAUAAACCAGUCAGUUCCAAAUGCCCAAAGGUCCGGCAACCCAUAAUCGUCAUCCGAAGCCUUUUGGAAUACUAUCGUGUUUUUCAGUUCCUGAAACCGGUCCAAAUCGCGAUCAUCUCGCAAAUAGUGACUGGUAAAUAGCAGC